GUUGUACAUGUGCCUGCUUGCAUCAGCCGUUCCGUUAAUUCCCAUCCGCCUCGUCCUUCCUCCUUCGAUCCACUCUCGCACCUAGAAAAGUGUUCUUCUCAGCCAUGUCUUUCGAUCGCUUAGAUUCCUUAGAGUCGCAGCCUACAACUCUGCGACGAUCCGAUGAUCCGCAUUAUCGCGAUGACCCCGAGUUUGACCGCUUGACUGAGAGUCUCUCCAACCGCCUAUUCACUCUGACCUCGAAUAUCACCCGCUUAUCGGACCAGAUCGCUCUCCUGGGUACGCGCCGGGAUACCGAGCGUGUGCGUGAACGAGUUCACAGCCUUUUGGAGCAGACUCGGGUGGGAUUUAAGGAUGUCGGGGAGGCGAUCAAGAAAGUAACCACUUGGGAGGAUGUCAAUCCCUCCCAAAAAUGGACGCAACAGAAGCUCUCCUCUGAAUUCAGAGCUACAUUGGAGGAAUUUCAGACCGUUCAACGUCGUGCUUUAGAAAAACAACGUGCAUCUGCAGUGGCCGCCCGCACGGCGGUGGAAGACGGUGAGCAUGCGACUGAAGAAGGGUUCCAGCAACAGCAAGAGCAGCUUCUUGAGGAACAGCCCCGGUUAGCAAAUCAAGAUGAAGUAGACUUCCAGGAGUCUCUAAUUAUCGAGCGGGAGGCGGAAAUCCGCAACAUUGAACAAAGCGUCGGCGAGCUCAAUGAACUAUUCCGCGAUGUUGCCCAUAUCGUUCAUGAGCAAGGAGGCCAACUCGAUAUUAUCAGUGAAAACGUGGAGAGAGUCGGGGACGACACACGUGGUGCCAAUGUUGAGCUGCGUAGCGCAAGCCGGUACCAGAAGAAUGCGCGGAACAAGGCCUGCUGUCUCCUGGUCAUCCUGGCCGUUAUCUUGCUGAUCAUCGUUCUUGCCGCGGUGCUGGGGUGAUUUCUGUCGGUCCCCGCCGCUUUUCUAUGGUAUGCGACAUCGCUGUUUGACCCAGCAUCAGGUCGCAAUGCUCCUCCCUUUUGAUGAUAUCAUCUUCAUGUACCUUUUAUGUAUAUGCGUAUGCUUCCACCCGUUUGGCAGGCCUCGUUGUUUACACUCAUGACCCCCUUAAUGAUCAAUCGGCGCUUAUGGAGCAGAGGAUGUUUUGACUAUCUAUAAUGGUUGUGCUGUCUUCUAUGCUUGUUAUGAUACAUAGCCUUGUUAUACAUGGAUUGUACACC